CCACAACCACGACACACGACAAACUCCACAAUGGCGUCCAGCAUCGAGCAGUCGCCCUUCUUCCAACAGCAGCGGGCCAAGGGCGAAAUUAUCGUCAAGGACCCUCCCAAAUUCGAUCUGGAAUCUUAUAUUGCUAAUUACACUGGAUAUACACGAAUCGAUCGUCUCUACCACAUUGGCGCUCACUCGCCAUACCUCGCCGUCGACGCAUACCGCCUCGCCAUUGCGGAGGCCAAGAAGGGCAAGAAUGUCGGGCUGUACACAAGACUCGUUGAGGAUUUUCGCAGUAUAGCGCCAAACGACCCCGCUGCCUUGGUAGACACAACAUGGGCUGAGAAGAAGACGCGGGAAGUUCGUGAGGAGCAUGACAGGCUGGAGCACGAGUUGAAGUCGUACAAGAACAACUUAAUCAAGGAGAGCAUACGAAUGGGCAACGAGGAUCUCGGUCAUUUCUACUACGACACGGGCGACUUCAUCAAUGCACUCAAGGCAUACACGAAGAUGCGCGAGCAUUGCACCUCGCCAAAGCACCUCGCCGACAUGACUCUCCGCCUUGUUUUCGUCAGCAUUGCGCAAAAGUCAUGGACAAACGUACUGGCAAAUCUCGCAAAGUCGGAGGCUACUCAGGUCAAGGGCGAGGAGAAGGCCAAACUGGAACCCAUCAUAUCGGCGUGCAGCGGUCUGUGCCAUAUGGCCAUGGGUAGCUUUAAGGAGGCUGCAACAGCGUUUCUCAGCACAUCGGCGACAUACCUAACUGCUGAGCCAGCGGCAUACAUCAAGUGGCAGAAGGAAGUCAUUUCGCCAAACGACGUUGCGGUUUACGGUGGUCUCUGCGCUCUUGCAUACAUGGACCGCAGUGACCUGCAAAGCAAAGUUCUCGGAAACACAGAGUUCCGUAACUUUCUGGAGCUCGAGCCGCAUAUCCGCCGCGCCAUCAACCUUUUCUGCAACUCAAAGUACAGCGCUUGUCUUGAAGUGCUUGAGGGCUACCGCAACGACUACUUGCUCGACGUGUACUUGUCAAAGAUUCUGCAUACAAUCUACAGCCGCAUUCGUAACAAGAGUAUCGUACAGUACUUCAUACCCUUCAGCUGCGUCACGCUGGAUGAAAUGUCGUCCAAGUUCCCGCCAGCCGAAGGCAGGACCAUUGAAGAAGACUUGGAAGAGAUGAUCAAGAACGGAACCCUCGACGCACGGAUAGAUCUUGUCGACCGCCUCCUUACGUCUCCUCCACGAGAUGCUCGUCACGACGUGCAAGAAGAUGCCCUUAAGAUGGCUGAGACGUACGAACACACGCUUCGCCUCCGCCUGACGCGUCUGAACAUGUUGGCAGCCGGGCUGGAGGUCCAACCAAACAAGACUGGCGAUAAACCGGCUGGUAUGGGCAGUAGCAUAGGCGAUACUUUCCGCGGUCUAGGCUCUAAGAUAGGCUUCUAGAAGGAGCUGAUAAAACGACCCAAACGUUGUAAUCAUGUGCUGACUAACGAACCGAAAGAUUAUGCAGGAGAAUAUGCAACGUGGUUCAGCGGGGGAAUCAGCUUGCCCUUUCGACCCAAGCGCAGAAGUACGGGUUAGCAUUGCGAGGCGUUCUUCUUCUUCUUGUUGUCGUUCGUGUUGAUGAUGAUGAUGAUGAUCGUUAUUUUUUUUUUCUCUGUCUUUUUUUUCAUUUUCAGGACAGUCUGGCGCACAUGCAGAGAUGCAGGAUACAGGGACAGGUACGGGCAU